AUGGUAGCUCUCAACUGGGUUGUAAUUUCUACACUGGCUCUUGGUGGCUCUGCAAGCGCUCGUCGUCAAAGCGAGUGUCUUGCUCCUGGUCAUGCCAAAACUUCAUCUGCCAAAGCAAGACAAACGACCACUUCUGUCGCCCCGUUUCAGUUAUCCGACUUCAAGCCCGGUGUUGAAUGGGAAAUUGUCAUCCAUCAGCCCAUCAAGCACGAUAGCGCCGCUGACUUGAUCCCAACUACAGCUAAAGUCUGGGAUGUGGACAUGGCGCAUGCUCGCGAUCAUCCAGAAAUGAUUCCGCUUCUCAAGAGCGCAGGCAAAUUUGUCGUCUGCUACUUCAACGCUGGUGCUGUGCAGUCUUGGGACGAAGACAGGGACCAGUUCCCCAAAGCUGUUGUCGGUCAUUCUCUGGCAUAUCCGUACGAUAGUGAGGAGUGGUACCUAGAUAUCCGCAGUCCAACGGUGCUCAAGCUUCAGAAGGCACGCCUCGAUGUUGCUGCUCGAAUCGGCUGUGAUGCUGUAGAUCCUGACAACGUGGACGCAUGGCAGCAGGACGAAAAAGAUCCUACGGGGUUCAAGCUCAAACCAUCCGACUACACCGACUACCUCAAGGGACUUGCAGAGUAUGCACACUCUAUCAAGACUAAGGGUGGCAAUUCCCUCCUUGUUGGCCAGAAGAAUGCCCCUGAGAUUGCCGAGGACCUCGUUUUGACGCUUGAUUUUGCUGUCCUUGAGUCUUGCCGCGGCACCACUGAUCCUGACGAGGAGAACUGGCCUUUCUGUGAAGACUUCCAGAUAUAUAUUGAUGCUGGCAAGCCUGUGCUGCAGAUUGAGUACCCUCCCUCUGUUGAGAACACUGGCAAGCUCAGUUCGUCUGAUAACUCUUACUAUUGUACACCCAAGGAUGAGGAUAAAGGCUUCAGCAAGAUCAUCAAGUGGGCUUCAGCUCAGUUGGAUGGCUGGGGUCAAUACUGCGGUCAGGAGCCAUUCCGCACUCCUGUUCUGGAGGAAUAA